AUGUUGCAGUGUGGGGAGCGGAGCAGGAGCAUCAGACUGAUGUGUGAGACUGGAGAAGGGUGGUACUGGCAGAAGGAAAAGAGAGAGCCCUAUGUGAAAUUUAUGGAGGCAAAUUACCCACCCGGUUUUAGUUAUGAAGAUUUUGCACCAUUGUUUACAGCAGAAUUCUUUGAUCCUGACCACUGGGCGGAUAUUCUGAAGGCUUCAGGUGCAAAAUAUGUUGUCUUAACUUCGAAACAUCAUGAAGGCUUUGCUUUGUGGGGAUCCAAAUAUUCUUGGAACUGGAAUGCUGUUGAUGUGGGACCGAAACGAGACCUUGUGGCUGAACUAGCAACAUCUAUUAGAAACAGGACUGAUUUGCAUUUUGGGUUAUAUCACUCCCUGUUUGAAUGGUUCAAUCCCCUCUUUCUUGAGGAUGCCACCAGUUUAUUCAAGACAAGAAAGUUUCCAACCAGUAAAUCAGUACCAGAGCUCUAUGAAAUUGUUACCAAAUACAAACCAGAAAUAAUUUGGUCUGAUGGAAAUGGAAAUGCACCAGAUACUUACUGGAACAGCACUGGUUUCUUAGCUUGGCUGUAUAAUGACAGUCCAGUUCGAGAUACAGUUGUGACAAAUGACCGCUGGGGAGUUGGUAGCAUCUGUAACCAUGGAGGCUUCUACACUUGUAGUGACCGGUAUAACCCUGGACACCUUCUGCCUCACAAAUGGGAGAACUGUAUGACUAUCGACAAGCAGUCGUGGGGCUACAGGAGGGACGCAAAGCUUGAUGAUUACUUCACAAUUGAAGACUUAGUUAAGCAACUUGUAGAAACAGUAUCUUGUGGAGGUAAUCUCUUGAUGAAUAUUGGGCCCACUCAUGAUGGUCGCAUUGCUGUUAUAUUUGAAGAACGCCUGAGGCAGAUGGGUACCUGGCUGAAAGUCAAUGGAGAAGCCAUCUAUGGAACGACACCAUGGAGAGCACAGAAUGACACUGUCACACCGGAAGUAUGGUACACGUUCAGCCCUAAAGAAGGCAAAGUUUAUGCCAUUUUCCUUAGCUGGCCAAUCUCUGGGACUCUGGCACUUGGUGAACCACAGGCUAAGGCUGGAGAAACAGAGGUGAGGCUGACUGGCCACAAGGAACUGCUGAAAUGGGUUGCACUGGGAGAAAAGGGAAUGCUGAUAGCUCUACCUCAAUUAACUCUUAAGCAGUUACCAUGCCAGUGGGGCUGGGCUUUGCAGCUGACUAACGUAAACUGAGCCAUACACUCAGGUGGUAGCAAAUUCUGACCCCUCACCCCCACUCCCCAAAAAAACUUCUCAGCACUGGUUUCUAAGUCUUGCUUGCUUCCCUGAGAAACAACAGUCAUUUCACUUUUUUUAAUAAAUGAAAGAUGAACUAAUAUUAAAGGAUGGAAGGGAGUCUCAUGAAGUCUAGUACUAGACAAUUGAAUCAGUGUGCAAUUUGUUUCAGCACCUACCUUGACCUCUCCACUCCUCUUUUGAACAAGUUUCUUGCCAAACUAUGUGAAGAGGUGCUACGUUUUUUAAAGCCCUGAGAACGAAGAAACCUAACUCAAGCCCCUGUUAAAUUGAUCAAGUGGCAAAUGUAGCUGUCAGUGAUGCAGCUUCUUUAAAGCAAGAAAUACAACUCCCACAAAAACAUACAUUAAAGAACAACUGACAGUUGGAAAAUAAGCUUUCCCAUUGCUUGGUAAAAACUGGCAGUUGGUAGUUUCAGAUAAGGAGGGUAAUAUACUUGCGUGAAGAGUCUUGUAAAGGUUAGGUGUUCACCACAAAUAGGUGGAGGCAAUGCAUAUUUACAUCUUCAUUUCUAAUCAUGAAACUCAUUAAUUUUAUAAUCUCCUACCUUUGAAUAAUUCAGUCUAUUACUGGGAUUAAGUACAGAAUUUAUAAUCAGAACUAGGAGGGUUUUUUUAGCUGUUUUGUAUCAUUUUAUAAGGUUAAAGCUGACUCUUGUUUAGAUGGAUUGUUUUUAUGUGGUUACCAGGGUGCCUUCUGUGUACUAUUAAACAAACUAUCUUCUUCAGU